GGAUCACCUCGAAAUUUGACGAAUUCAACCUUGGAUUGGGAAAGACUCGCCGCUGCAACUCCUCCCUGGUAUCGCCGGCCUGCUGCACGCGACGGAGGAAGAAGAGGAGGAUGUCGCUGGAACCCCUGGAGUCGACGGCGAGUCACGGCACUGCCCUAGUCGGCGGAGACGAGCGAAAGAACGGGCGCUUGCUUCUAUCCCUCGGCGAUGCGCGGACGGAAACAGUGGCGAAGACCAAGGAAGAUGACACUGGCGGCGUCGGCUUCCUGGUCGGCAUCUCCGGUCGAUGGUACAUCGGCGGACCCCAGGUAACGGAAGAGAGAGGGACGAGUCGUGCGUUACGCGAUUGGAUUUCCUUUCCUUAACCUCUUCGGCGUUUAUUAUAAUUUUUUUUUUCAAUGCUAUUGACUCUAUACAAGGUAGUAUGAGUUCAUACUAUUCUCAAGAACCAAACACAUUUUUUUUCAAAUUCUUGAAUCAAACAUAGCGUUAUAGUGUACCCCCUCCGUCCCGGAGUAUUCGUCCACUUUUGACUUUUGGAACUGUUCAUCUAAGCACUUUGACUCAUCAAAUUCUCUCAAUGUGUAAGCCUAAAUAUAGUCAUGUGUGAUCUUGUUUGAUUUGUCUUAACAUAUAGAUUAUUAAUAUAUAAUUUCUAUAAUUUUUUAAUAUACAAAUUACAAGAUAAAAUGGAUUAAAGAAGUGUAUUCGAUGGUGUUUAAAAAUGAAAGUGGACNAAUCAAACAUAGCGUUAUAGUGUACCCCCUCCGUCCCGGAGUAUUCGUCCACUUUUGACUUUUGGAACUGUUCAUCUAAGCACUUUGACUCAUCAAAUUCUCUCAAUGUGUAAGCCUAAAUAUAGUCAUGUGUGAUCUUGUUUGAUUUGUCUUAACAUAUAGAUUAUUAAUAUAUAAUUUCUAUAAUU